AUGAGGAGAAACAUCUUGAGCUUCCAACAAGGCAGCCAUGAAACCUUUCAUGAGGCAUGGGAAAGGUUGAGAGGAUACACUAGGAAUUGUCCACAUCAUAGGUUUACAAGAGAAGCUAUACUUAGCCAUUUCUAUUGGGGAGUUGCAAAGGAGCAGAAAUGGACAUUGGAUGUAGCUAGCAAAGGAAGUUUUCUAAACCUCACCAUAGAGGAAGGAGAGCUACUUGUUGACAACUUGUCCAGGAGUGAGGAAAGCUACAAUGAAAGCCAUGAUCCAAUCCCCAAAGAGAGUUUGUAUGAAGACUUCAAGUGGACAGCUUUGCAAGAUAAGUUGGAUAGAUGGGAAAAGCUUCUAAGUGUGCAAGAAAGAGGACUUUGUUUGGAUCUUGAGCAGCACCAAGAGGAAGCCAAUUUCGUGGUCCAGAAUGGGAAUUCCAACCAAAAGAGUAUGUCUCUCAAUCAUUGGUCCAACCAUGGAGUUCAAGGAAUUCAACAAAGCUACCAAGAGAACCAUGAGCCUUCUCAGAUCUCUAAUAAUGCCUCUGUUGAGGUGCUCUCUAGCUUUGGGAAUGGAAUGGUUUGGACUUGGGGCUGGAGGAGCGUAUUUAUAGGAGUUCAGGAGGCUGCCUGGCUUCUUGGGACCAGCUAUGAUAUGAUCAUGGAGGAGGUUGCUAGGAACUUGGACCAGGAAGCAGCUGGAGAGCUUGAAGCAGAGGAAGCAGCUUGA